AUGGCGAGCCGGCGGAGCCCGGAGCCCCCCAUGUGCAGGCACAGGCCCGCCUCGGAGCUGACCCAGGACAUUUCCCAUUUGUUGGCUAGUAUGUUUAAGAACAUAUAUACUUCAGAGGUUAUAGGAAAGGACGCAGUAGAAAACUUGAUAAAGUCCCGUGGAGGAGACAAUGCCGAUCAUGAGAAGUUUGUGGAACAACUGCAAAAGGUCCAUUUGGAAUAUAAGAACCGCCUGACGGAAGCGGAAAUGAUAGAAAGGCACAUAAUUCAGGCAAGAGCUCGAGCGACUGCAGAAGAGGAAAGGGUCCUGAACAGGUACAAGGUGGACGUUCCGGAAGAGUAUCAGGACAUUGGAUUGCCGCCAGUGAAGUCUUCCUUCAGGUGGUGUGUGGAUGAUGAACUUCUUAAAAAGCAUGAUUUAAUCUGCCCUGGAGAUUACAUCAUGGACCCGAUCCCCAUUACUCGAGCACCGAAAGAGAAGUCGGAGCCUGGCUACUUGGGAGAGAUCCUUAGUUUUCAACAUCAUGUUUCCGAAAAUGCAAUGUAUAAAGACAGCAAACAUGUAAAGAAAAUACUAGAGACACUGCCGGAAGUUUCUAUAUCCUCCAUCACAAUGGAGUCUUCAGCCUCUGAGAUUCCACAUCCAGUUAGGAAACCAUCCUGUAAGAUGUCUAGCUCCUCCCGAACAUUAGUCUGGAAGAAUGACAUGUCCAAAACGGAAAGAGACCAAGACCGCGCUUACCUCAAGAGACUCCACAAGCGCCACAGCUUCCUGAGAAACCCUCGCUUUUUCCUGCCUAACUCACUUAAUGGAGGCAAGUCCCUGAUUUUACCACAAAAGAAGGUGCAGCGAAUGAUAUCAGGAAAAGAAAGCACCGUAGUAGAAAGCAGUUCUGAUGCCGUUCCUAUCUUUCUGUCAAACCCUCCGGCUGUUUUGUUUUCGGAGUACGAAGUUGGCCGAGUCUAUGAGAUGACCAUUGAGUUACAGAACAUGACUUCAACUUCUCAGAAUUUUAGAAUAAUCCCUCCAGCUACAGCCGCCUUUGCCAUCGGGUUGGGGAAAUUUCCAGGGGAAGGCGGGAAUGUCGCCCCCGGGAUGAGCUGCUACUACACAGUCCAGUUUAUCCCCGAACAUCUAGCAAACUAUGAGGAUUACAUAUUGGUGGAGACGCAGUCCCCCUACCCACUCCUAGUCCCCUUGGAGGCCAGAAGACCGCCUCCAAUCUUAACACUGCCGGAGGUCUUAGACUGCGGAGCCUGCCUCGUGGGCGGAAUAAAAUUUUCAGAGUACCUGUGCAAAAACGAAGGGUCCAGCAGCGGGAAGUUUUGCAUCAUACCCAAGGGAAUAUGGCCGCCUCCUCACUUCCGGGCUGUUGCCGUGUUAGGUUUCGUGGAUCAAGAACCAUUUGGGAUCCAACCUGCUGUUUUUGAGCUGUUUCCAGGCCAGGCCGUAGUAAUCGAGACGGCAUUCUUCCCCAGUUUUCCCGGAGUGGCUUCAGUGACAUACACCAUUGUCUGCGACAAUUGCCAGAUCAACGAAAUUACUCUGACAGGGCUCGGGCAGCUGAUCGGUCUGAGGUUUUUAUCCGUCACUGGCGGAGAAGGCAGCGUCGCCCCGGGAGAACUUGUGGACGUUACGUCGCAGCACUUCAUACGCUUCGAUUCUGUGAAUCCAUGUUCCACGUCAGAGAAAACGCUGGUCAUAAGAAACGUGACCCACGUGGAUCUUCCAUUUUUCUGGCAGAUAAUGAAGCCUAAUCUGCAGCCUCUCGUGUUGGAAGGAGACAUGGACCUUACAAAGAUCAAGUACAACUUAGAGAGAGACUCGGCUUUCUCUAUCACUCCUGCCAUGGGAGUCCUGCAUCCUCACACCGAUCACCCAUUUACUCUCCGCUACUUUCCUCAAAAGCUGAACGAAUAUCACAGUGUGCUUCAGAUUGUUCUAGAGAACAUCCCAGAACUACCUAGUCUGCAAAAACAGAAGGAACACAAUGACUACGGGGAAAUCCGAGAAGAGGACGUGAUUGCCCUGGAAAUAGACAUCAAAGGGCAGACGGAACCGUUUCAGCUCCUUUUAGAACCCUACUCCGUUGUCAUCCCAGGAGAGCAUUACAUUGGUGUAAACAUCAGGAGAUGCUUUCGGAUGCAUAAUAACAGCAAAUCAUCCGUCAAGUUUGUAUGGGGGAAAAUCAGUGACUGCGACAUAGUUGAAGUUGAACCUCAUGCAGGGAAGUUAGGGCCAAAUGAAUUCCAGGACUUUGAGUUCAUUAUAUCAGGAGGGAAACCUGGACAUUCCGUCCAUUCCCUGCCCUGCAAAAUCAGCCACUGCGCAGAGCCGGUUAUCUUACACGUGGAAGCUGAUUUUAAGGGGCCUCUUCUUUCCAUCAAUGUCCCAUCACUCAAUUUGGGCCUGGUGAAACUAGGAGAAGCAGUGUUGUGCAAGUUUGAGAUAACCAACCUCAGUCAGCUGCCGGGAAGGUGGAAAAUGCAGGAAAGUCCCGCUAGUCUCGGUGAAAGGAACGAAGAGGUCUCUCCUUUCACAAUCGAACCGCCCAGUGGAGAAUUGGGUCCUCUCAGCAAUUGCACCGUGACAGUUUUGUUCAGAGCCUACGUCUGUCAGAGUCUUCAGACUGUGUUAGAGUUGGAAGUGGAAAACGGGAAGGGAAGUCACAUUCCCGUUUUUGGGGAAGUCCAAACUCCCCGCGUGUGUCUUCUGUCCAGCCGUUUACACUUCAACGAACUCUUCCUUGGAAUUCCUGCAAAGGCGACAGCCAAGCUUUUUAACCAGAUGCUGCUGCCAUCACACUACGAAUGGGGGGAGCUCCUUGGAAGUCAGUCCUCUUCUUGCCUGGUUAGCAUCUCUCCAGAAAGUGGCAUUUUGGCUCCAAAUGAAGAGAAGGAUUUUUGCGUGGAACUCAUUGCUAACACUAAGGAUGAACUGAAUGACCUUACCCUCUGCUGCAGGAUUGGAGACAUGCUGGAGCCACUCUUUCUGUCUAUUUGCGGUCAAGUCAAAGGGCUGCAGGUCACAUACGCCAUACCUUUUGACGAAAAAGAGAGAGACUGGGAGGAGCCGUCAGAAGCCUCUCCGGAACUCCUGCUAGACUUUGGGUCAGAGGUGCCCCUGAAGAGCGUGGUAAGACGCCAGCUAAUAAUCACCAGCCACUCUGCGAUAGAUGCUGCGUUCACUAUCGAGGUUGACUAUUUCAGCAGCGGUCCACCUCCCCAAGAGGAACAGGGAUCCGAUGUUGUGGACGUGGUCAUGGAAAAGACGAGACGAAUAACAAGGCAGAUCGCGAAGAGAAAACAAUCUGCCUUCAGAGCGGCCCUGCUGUCUCACGGGAAGGGAGUGGCGUUCCACGUGCAUCCCUCUGCAGGGACCCUGAAGGCCUUCCAAGAAUUUGCAGUAGAAAUCACGGCCUAUAACGACAUGUGGGGAGAAUACCAGGAUGACCUCAUCUGUAAGGUCGGAGAUUCAGAGCCCAAGUUGAUCCCUAUGCAGAUAGCGGUGAGCGGCUGCCCCAUUUUCCUGCAGGUGACGGGACCGAACCAUCCUCUGCAAACCCCCAUAGUCAGGUUUGGGGCCCAUAUCUCUGGAGGGGAUACGGUCUCGCGCUACAUCCGGCUCAACAACCCCACGCCAUUCGACAUCCGAAUGGACUGGGAAAGUUAUAACCAGGACAAAGACGAUGACAAACUGGUGGACCUCCUGGUGUUCUACGGAGCCCCUUUCCCAAUUAAAGACAUAGACGGCAAUGAGAUCGAGUCCCCCUGUGAGGAGAAAACACCUACAGAUCAGACUCCGUACAGCUCCAGUAGUUCCACGCCACCAUCUCAUGGGGAAGGCCGGAACCUGAACCCGAUUUUCGAGGUUGACGAAGACGGAAGCAGCGACAGGACAGAAGAACUGUUGACCUUGCCGUCGCCGAAAAUCAUCUCGGUGGUCAUCCGACCGCACGAGGGGGUGCCCUCCGACUACCCUUUCUGCAUCACCCCCAAGCAGAUAGUCAUCCCUGCACGGGGCACUGCGUCCAUCCACGUUUCCUUCACGCCACUGAUGCUGCCGGAGAUCAUUAAUAAGUUUGAGUGUGAAGGUUUCGCCCUCGGCUUCAUGAGUCUGGACAGCAAGGUUGUUCGGGAAAUCCCAGGGAAAGUGAAGCGUGCCGACGGCCAUGGCGUUGCGCCUCUGAGGAUAGACCUGCAAGCCUUUGUGAAGCCUGCCUUGUUAACUGUGGAAAUGGAUCAUGAGCUCGGGCUGGAGUUUCACACGCUAGCAAGUAGCCUCAUCCCGGACGAGCCCCUCAAAGGCGUCUUGACAGAUUCAGCCACUACCCUCAACCUGAAACUGACCAACGACACAGAAACCCCUCUGUACUUUAAGUUCCUUCUGAAGCUGCCCUUUUCCGUGUCGGGAGUGGACCCCAAAAAGAGCCUGGCAGAGUCUGACAGGGACAACGGAGAAGGCCGGCUCGUGCUCUACGCGCUACAAAAUAUGCUGGUGAAGGUGUCAUUCCACACAACCCUGGAGUUACUGACCUACCAGCAUCUUCCCGAUGACCAGAUGUUGUCAGGAGUUCAAGUGCUCCAGCUUGAAAAAGGAGACAAAAUCCUGGAAUUUAAGCAAGACCUGGUCAUUGAAUACAGUAACAAGGCAACACAGGUCCUGCCCAUGACCGCCUACCUGGCUGUUCCCGUGCUAAAGCUCUCUUCUGACUCCAUCGAUUUUGGAACCUGCUUAGUUAACCAAACCAGGAGCGAAAUGGUCCUUGUGAUGAACAAGAGCGGAUGCAGGAGCUACUGGGCGGCUUUGCUUGAUGAAGCUGAACGGCACAACGAACAGGAGGUGUUCUCCAUCUCCCCGAGUAGUGGCGUUCUGGAACCCCACCACAGUGACUUCGCCACCAAAACGCAGCUGGUGGUCUAUUUUACAGCGAGAGAUGACGUAGACUACGAAACAACGGUGACGGUCGUGGGGAUGCUGGGGGAAAAGCCCUGCAAGCUGCUCAUCCAAGGCAGAGGCUCUUACGACGAGAAGUAUGAAGAGAGGCGCAAAUCGUAA